AUGUCACGGGCCAUUCUUUUUCCAGCCCCUUGUCCUGUGCAGCUUGGUACUUUAAGAAAUGACUCCUUAGAAGCUCAACUUCAUGAGUAUGUCAAAGAAGGAAACUAUGUGAAAGUGAAGAAACUUCUAAAGAAAGGAAUUUGUGUUGAUACAGUAAACACACUGGGUCAGUCAGCACUUUUUGUUGCAGCAUUAUUGGGCCACACAAAAUUAGUUGAAGUUCUGGUGGAUUACGGAUCAGAUCCAAAUCACCGCUGCUUUGAUGGCAGCACUCCUGUUCAUGCAGCAGCAUUCUCAGGCAAUCAGUGGAUCCUCAGCAAAAUUCUAGAUGCUGGGGGUGACCUGCGACUCCAUGAUGAGAAGGGUCGAAACCCGCAGAACUGGGCCUUGGCAGCAGGGAAGGAUCGGAGCACACAGAUGGUGGACUUCAUGCAGCGCUGCACUUCACACAUGCAGACUAUCAUCCAGGGCUUCUCUCAUGACCUCCUGAAGAAGAUUGACUCUGCACAGCAGCUCAUCAGCAGCCCACCCUGGUUCAGCAGCUUUAUGCAGGGAAGCCCUAAUAGCUCGCCUAACCGACACCUCAAGCCUGGAGUAAUUUCUACCCAAAAUAUCUACAGCUUUGGCUUCGGAAAGUUUUAUUUCACAGCAGGGAUGCAGCUCACUUACCUAGGAUCUCUUCCAGUAAUUGGAGAAAAGGAAGUAAUUCAGGCUGAUGAUGAACCCACCUUCUCCUUCUUCAGUGGCCCCUACAUGGUCAUGAACAACCUGGUGUGGAAUAGGAACCGAGUCACUGUGAAGGAGCUGAGCCUCCCCACCCACCCUCACUGUAGCAGGCUAAGGCUGGCUGACUUGUUGAUUGCUGAACAGGAGUACAGCAGCAAGCUACGGCACCCCCACUUGCUGCAGCUGAUGGCUGUGUGCUUGUCCCGGGACCUGCAGAAGACCCGUCUGGUUUAUGAGCGCAUCACAGUCGGCACGCUCUUCAGUGUCCUCCACGAACGAAGGUCCCAGUUCCCAGUGCUGCACAUGGAAGUGAUUGUGCACUUAUUGCUCCAGAUCGUUGAUGCCCUGAUAUACCUGCAUUCCAGAGGGUUUGUCCACCGCUCCCUCAGCUCCUAUGCUGUUCACAUUGUUUCUGCAGGAGACGCAAGGUUGACCAACCUGGAGUAUAUGGUGGAAAGCCAAGACAAGGGUGUACAUAGGGACCUGGCUCAAGUACCCCUUCCCACCCAGCUCUACAACUGGGCUGCACCAGAAGUGAUCUUACAGAAGACAGCCACCAUGAAGUCAGAUGUCUACAGCUUUUCCAUGAUCAUACAGGAGAUUUUAACAGACAAUAUACCCUGGAAUGGUGUAGAUGGCUCAGUCAUUAAAGAAGCCAUCGUCUUGGGAAACUAUUUAGAACCUGAUGCCAGGCUCCCAAAACCUUAUUAUGAUAUUGUUAAGUCAGGUAUCCAGGUCAAGCAGAAAGACCGAACUAUGAACCUACAGGAUAUUCGAUAUAUUCUGAAGAAUGACUUAAAGGAGCUUACUGGAGCCCAAAGAACUCAGCCAACUGAGAACCCCAGGGUGCAGAGAUAUGAACCCCAUUCUGACGUUAAUGUUUGUCUAGGACUAACUUCAGAAUAUCAAAAAGAUGUUCCAGCCUUGGAAAUCAAAGAGCUAAAGGAAAUGGGCAGUCAACCCUGUUCACCAAGAAGCUCCUCUUCUCCUACGGAGAGAACAAGACUAGCCCCUCCUCAGGUCCUGGAUCCAAGUCCUGCAGCCCAGGAACCUCAGAAUUCAGACAUUCCUUCUCCUGCCCCAGUUUUGGAAGAAGAGGCCAGGAGCCCCAGCACAAGCAUUUGCAGCUUUGAAAUCAAUGAAAUCUACUCAGGAUGCUUGAACUUGGGAGCUGACAGAGAGGAAGAGCACCCAGGAACAGCUUCUUCUCCCGAAGGGAAUACCCUAAGCCAGGAUGAUGAACUGCAGUCCCUGGAAGAAGCACUUGGCAGGAUGGAGAGAGAGGGGCACUGUUUUUGUGAAGAAGACAGGGGCGAUUCAGAAGCUGACACAGACCUCUCCUUUGAGGACUGGGACUGGCAAGAUGACUCGCUUAGCUCACUCAGCCUGUCUCAGCCAACUACAGAAGCCAAGGGCAAAAUGAGCAGCUGGUCCAAGACUGAUGAGUACACUAGCAAAUGUGUGUUGAAUCUAAAGAUUUCACAGAUAAUAAUGCACCAGAAUAUUGAGAGGUUGAGAAAACUUGAGCAGGAAAUGGAUGAACUUGAGCUGAAAAAGAAGGAACAGGAGGAGCAAUGCAGGAUUUUGUGGGAUGCUUCAGUAGAGUUUGCAAAUGCCAACUACUCUUUAGCUGUGGGCCCUCCAUCCUUGACUUACAACCCUCCUGUCAUGCAGCUGCCAGGGACUCAGCAGUCAGAUGAAAACUGGGUGACACUUGAAAGGUCUCCAAGAGCUAAAGACUUUCAAGAGGGACAUUUUGUCAAAAGCCCUAAGAAACAAAGUGGCUGUGACUGGAAGCCUUUCAUUCAAGUCUCUGAAGAAAGUGGAGCCCAGUUAGAGGAAAGCAGUCAGGUGCCAACUCUUUUUGGACCUGGAAAGCAGAACACUAGUGAGCAGUUGCCACCCACUCAAGAAGCUAAGGAUAGUUUGGAAAGAAGUGGCAACCAAAAUAGUAGGAUCAAUAUGGAAUCUGUGUCUUCUGAAAGCUAUAAUACAAAGUCAAGAAAUAAUGAAGAUGAUGGAGAGGCACAUGUAAAAUGGAAAAUGGCGGUGAAAGAAAUGGCAGAGAAGGCAGUUAUGGGUCAGCUCCCAGUACCUCGUUGGCAUCCUCAGAAUAGUUUGCCUUUAAAGAGUGACGUUGCAAAUAAGACAGCUGAGCCUCGGCUGCCUCCUUCAAUUUCAUCCCUGGAGAACUUGGAUUGGCAUGGCAGACAGCUAGACCCUCAAAGCUUCACCGGUGUCAAGUAUUUACCCAGAAACCGUGAGCAGCCAGAGCAUAGUGAAGCCUCUCAAACAAGUUGUGAUACAUCUGUGGACAUUGAGAAAUCUUACAGCACCUCAAGUCCCAUAGAAGAGGACUUUGAAGGAAUCCAAAAUUAUCUGGCCCAUCCUCAAGGUUAUGGUGAUGAAAAGUUCCAAGUGAGAGAGAUCUUUGGAAAGAAUGCUAAGAUUUUGACUGAGCCUCAUUUUCAACCCAUACGAAGUACUGAAGAUGAACAAGAAGAGACAUUAAAGGAGGCACCAAAGGAACUGAAAGAGAAAGACAUAUCACUGACAGACAUUCAAGACCUGUCCAGUAUUACCUGUGAACAAAGCAACUCCUUUAAGGAAGCUUCAUGCAAAACACCCAAACUGAACCACGCACCUACUAGCGUCAGCACGCCGCUCAGCCCAGAGUCAAUUUCUUCAGCUGCUAGCCAAUAUGAAGACUGCCUUGAAAAUAUCACAUUUCAUAUUAAAGCAGGAUCUACCUCUUGUCAGAAUAGUCAGGAAUCUAGAACUUUGUCUAAUAAAUUUACAAGUGUCCGAGAGAAAGCUAAGAUCCUGGAAUCUCGCCUUACUUCCUCAGGAGCUCCACCUGUAAGAAGGACUGCUUCAAAAAGAUUUUCUGCAAGUGGUUGUGUGGGUUCUUCUAGCAUUUCUACAGCAUCUGAGAUACCAGCCCAUUCCACCCAGAGAAGGAGCCUUCCCAAAGAACUAGUGGAAGCCACCUCACAGGUUCAUACUGACGAGCUUCCACCACCAUCUCAGGAGCUUCUUGAUGAAAUUGAGCAUCUGAAGCAACAGCAGGCCUCAUCCACGAAGUUCCAUGAGAACAGAACACAGGAGCUGAUCAUCACUGAAAAUGAGCAAAAGCAUUUGGGAGAACCAGAAGUUGACAGCAAAAAUAGCAGUUUUCUUUCAACCAAAGAAACUCAGGAUCUAGAAGACGACACAGAGAGAGCUCAUUCUUCUCUUGAUGAGGACCUGGAAAGAUUGCUACAGCUUCCUGAAGAGAACAUGGAGCUACAGGACCAUGCUAAGGGCUUGACAAGGGAGACCAAAACCCUGCAUCAAGAAGUUGGUGAUCAGAAGAUAAAAAGAAGAGACAGUAUCAAGCCAGACAGAAGGAAAUCAGACAGCUGUUUAGGGGCUUCUGAAGAAGAUGAACUUAAACCCUGUUUUUGGAAGCGACUGGGUUGGUCUGAGCCUUCCAGGAUAAUCGUGUUGGAUCAGAGUGACUUGUCAGACUGACUGAAUUGGAUCAAGAUGGAUUACAUGCCAAGUUGGAGCUUUCUGACUGUGACUUCCUUACUUCUCUCCUCUGCUUCAGUUGCCAUUAGGCCAGUGGCUCCAGCUCUGUAAUUCACACUUUGAUCUGCUGCUACCAUAGACAUGAGAGUAUGGCCAUAUCUGUGGGUGGCA